AUGGGGUGGACAUCCCCGGUGCUGCCGCAGCUUCGGGGUGCGAACUCCCCGCUGUCGCAGGAGCCAACACUCCAGGAAGAGUCUUGGAUCGGUUCCUUACUGGUGCUCGGGGGAUUGCUCGAUGUUGAGUACCUACUAUCAUCUCGGUUCCUUCUUAAAUAAUUGGGAGGGAGGAACUGUUAUAUUCUAACCUAUUACGUACACAAUACUCCUCUGAACUUAUAGUAAAAAAGGAGUUGAGUGCCCAUAGAGACGGAUUAUUAUUUUUUAUGAUUGUCAACUAAGUUAAUAUUCUAUUAUGCAAAAUAUAAUUAGUAAUUAUUUAACACUAAUCAAGUAAAAAUCAAAUAAAUCUACUUACUUACAUCAGUGCUAGACUUAGGGCCGCAGGCGUUUCUAGUAAUUCCCAGGCCGAAAACGCAGAAAAUAUUUAGAUGAUAUGUUUAUACAUGAGCGAGAAAACAACAGAUUGCAUAUUGCAUAUGAAUGCAAAUUCAUUCAAAAUCCGAAAGAAAGUAUUCCGAAUUGUCAUGUUCGGAUCAGUUUUUCUCAAGAUUGCCCCUACAAACACACAACCAAAGUUAUAAAAUUUAACCCUUUUAAUAUUAGUAUCUAUAAAUAAAGCAACUUUCAUAUCCAGGUCCUCUGAUUACCGUCCCGUUGUCGAGGCACAUAGGCCGUCGAUGGAUCAUCAUGAGCACAAACGUUCCUUUGCUACUGGGCUGGCUGCUGGCCGGCGUCGCCACUAACCUGGAGACUUUGUACGUGGCGCGCAUCAUGUGGGGAUGUGCAACUGGUAUGCAGUUCGCUACCAUCCCUAUAUACAUCGGAGAGAUCGCCGAGGACAAGAUUAGAGGUUCACUUAGUGCUUUGUUCCUGCUGUUCAUCAAUGUGGGCUUCCUGUUGGCGUAUGCUAUCGGACCAUUCACCUCCUAUUGGGGUCUGACUGCUGCCGGUGGAAUCCUGUCUCUAUUCUACGUGCCUUUCACCUGGUUCAUACCUGAAUCGCCGUUCUUUUUGGUUUACAAAGCUGUGUUACAACAGAUACGUGGCACCUCGAAGGAAGCUGUACAACCAGAGCUGGACUCUCUCCAAGCUAUGAUCGCGCGUGAAUUCAAAGAGGAACCACGUAUCAAAGACUUGUGGGCGACACGAGGAAAUCUGAAGGCUUUGGGUAUCUGCGUGUUCCUCGCGAUGUUACUCCAGUUGUCUGGCAUAGACGUGCUCCUGUUCUACAUGGAGGAGUUGUUGGCUAAGGUCGGCUCCACCAUAUCGGCGGCGCACGGCACCAUCAUCAUGGGCGUGGUGCAAGUGGUCACCAGCUGCAUCACACCGCUGGUGGUAGACCGGCUCGGAAGAAAACUUUUAAUGUGGACUACGUCGCUUGGACUUACCAUUUUCCUGGGUUUAAUAGGAGUGUAUGCGGUAUUGGACUCACAUUUCAAGGUGGAUGUGUCGCACGUGGCGUUCAUACCGUUACUGUGUCUGGUUGUCUACAUGAUACUCUUCACUUUGGGCGUGGGGCCCGUACCAUGGAUCCUGGUAGCAGAGAUGUUUCCUGUGAAGACUAAAUGUCUAGCCAGCGGCAUAGCUUCCUUCAUGUGCUGGCUGGCUGGCUUCGUGUGGACCAGGUUCUUCCGUGACGUGGCGGCUUCGUACGGCAUCUACACCGCGUUCUGGAUCCUGGCUGUAUGCUGCGGAUUCGGGUUCAUUUUCUCAGCCACGCUAUUGCCCGAAACUAAAGGAAAAACUUUCGACGAGAUACAAGAUAUGUUAAACAAAAGAUCUGGAAAAGAAGAGGUGAAGCCAGUGGAUGUUUAAAUUAAUUUUAAUACAAUAAGAUAAUUCAUUCACUAAUUUAUGUUUCCAAUAUUUCAUUAUAGUAACUAAUAUAAAUAAAAACUUUAUAAACAACUAUCGUAUUUAAUUAACAUCAUUAUAAUUAAUAAUCAAACUAAAACUGGAUACUCCUGGCACUUUAUUGAAUUUCAAAACUAUUCAAACGAAUCGAUCAGCAUUUUUUCUUAUUCAUUAACAUAUUUAUACUUUUAUAUAUAAAAAUAUCGAAUAAUUAUAAUAAUAUCCUACGAAACAUUUUUACACACAUCUUUCGUUCAAACAAAAACAAUUAAUGAAACUCGAUACAAUAUUAUUUAUUCUAUAAUAAACUUACAAUAUAAUUAAAAGUACAUAUAAUCAGGAAUUUAUCUCUGGAAUUGUAACGGGCAAAUUCUGAGGCCUAGGACGUCUUUGCCGAUUUCUGCGACUCCGCAAACUGGGCACAGUUUACCUUUGUGUUCAGGUAGGAAGCACGCAGAACAAAGGGAGCACUUUUCCUCCGGUUUCCCUCUAUAUAUAGGUUUGUAUGAUAUACCGCAAAUAUUGAAUGGAUUGUGCUCGUCGUAAUAUAGUUGGUGUUCGUCCGUCGGAGUUUUCUCGCACGCUUGUAAUAUCUUCCUCGCUUGCUGAGCUACUUCCGGACGAGGACCCAGUUCUAGAAGACGACGGGCGAAGGAUGCGGCCGUCCUGAAAUUCUUCAGUUUAAAGAACAUGUUGAGGGCUGUUCUGAGGGUCAGGAUUUGGUGGACCGGCUGUAGUUUACAGUGUGUGAAGUACGCGGCCAUUUCGCACGUGCGCUUCUGUUCUUCUAGUGUGUUUUUCGGCAUCGCUGAAAUGUGAUAGGGUAUUUAUUUAUUC